GGCGCGGGCGGAGGCCCAGAAGAAGAAGAAGCAGCAGCAGCGGUGGUGGUGGUGUCGUAGCGGCGAGUGGGAGCUGAGCGUGAGCUUUUUGGGGUUUUUUUUUCUUUUAAAAGCCCGCUUCCAAAAUUGUUCACCAUGAACCCGAACUGUGCUCGCUGCGGCAAGAUCGUGUACCCCACCGAGAAGGUGAACUGCCUGGAUAAGUUCUGGCACAAAGCAUGUUUCCACUGUGAGACCUGCAAGAUGACCCUAAACAUGAAAAACUACAAGGGCUACGAGAAGAAGCCGUAUUGCAAUGCACACUACCCGAAGCAGUCCUUCACCAUGGUGGCAGACACUCCUGAGAACCUGCGCCUAAAGCAGCAGAGUGAGCUUCAGAGCCAGAUUCGCUACAAGGAGCAGUUUGAGAAGAACAAGGGGAAAGGCUUCAGCGUGGUGGCUGACACCCUGGAGCUGCAGAGAAUCAAAAAGACUCAGGAUCAAAUCAGCAACAUAAAGUACCAUGAAGAGUUUGAGAGGAGCAGGAUGGGCCUGAGUCCCAGCGAAGGUGCAGAGCUGGAGCGUGGGAACUCCCAGGAGAGCACCAAUUACCGGAGACCUGCAGAGCAGCAGCAGCAGCCUCAUCACAUCCAGCCCAGCAACCCGGGCUACCAGCAGCAGCCCUCAUCUCAGUCCUAUGGCUACAAGGAGCCUGCUGCACUGGCCUCUACACAAUGCAAUGCUCCUUCUGGAGGAGGGAAGCGUUUCCGGGCCGUCUACGAUUACAACGCGGCCGAUGAGGACGAGGUUUCCUUCCAGGACGGCGACACCAUCAUCAACGUGCAGCAGAUCGACGACGGGUGGAUGUACGGCACGGUGGAGCGCACGGGCGACACGGGCAUGCUCCCUGCCAACUACGUGGAGGCCAUCUGAGCCCACGGCAGGGGCCGGGGCACGGGGCUGACAGACGAGCCCCCGGCCAGCACCAGCCCCCACAGUCCCUGUGUGCCUCUGUGUCUGUGUGUGUGUGUGUGUGUGUGUCUCUGCCCCAGCGUCUCUUGUCCCGUGUGCUCCGGCGUCGCCCACCGGGGACACGUCCUGACAUCUCGGUUACUCUGUGUGUUUCUGCAGCCCCUUCCGGGUUUCUCUUGCCAAUUUAGCUUUGUUCUUAGCUCUGUGGGGAUAGAUGGGCUUGAGAGACCAAACAGAUGUAGUGUUUCCUUUUCCUUCACUGUCCCUCCUCUCCAACCCUCCCGGGCACUCCUGUGUUUCCUGGGAGCUUGGCAAAGGGAGGAGGGGGACUCCCUGUUAGGACCAAAUUCCUUGGGCUCUGGUGGGGGUGGGCAGAGGGCAGUGAUGGCUGUGGGCUGCUUGUCCUGAGGGCUGACAGGAGGGAAGGCUAGGCCACCUUGCUGCCUCUCUGCUUCAUCCCGUUGCUUCUCCCAGCUCCUCCAUGCAGUGUUUCCAUUCCCUCUUUGGUCCUCAAAACAGAAAGACAUUCUCAGUUAAAACCUUUACACAAACACUUACUUUCUCCUGGAGAUUCAGAGCAGCUGCUCUGCUCAACCUUGGCUCUGGCUGCCUCAGUCCCAGCCCUGUGAGGUUCUGCUGCUGGGGAUCAAGGAGGAGACAUAGUGUUGCUUCUCCUGCAGGCUGCUGCUCCUGCCCAAGGGCUGAGCACUGCCACAGGGCCCUCACAGCCCCCUGCAGCUCAGGCUGUUUCUCUUGAGCAUCCCUGGGCCCCACAUGCCGGUGCAGCCUCUGCCUCUGGGCAGUGGGCACUCCCCAAAUUCACCCAGAAUCUUCCUGCUCCUCUCUUGCUGCUGCUAUGCCAUUGGCCCCCUUUUGAGCCUUCUGCUUGUAGGCGGACAGUAGGGUCAGCCCUCAUCCCUGUGCCUCUUCUGAGCCAUCUGUGAAAGAUCCUUCCCCCGCUGCCACUGCACUGGGGACCAUCCUGGGUGCUUAUCCCCUCUGCCAGCUCCUCAGUGAGUGGCAGAGUCCGGGGUUUGGCACCCUGAGCCACCCUGCACCUCUCCUUGGUCCCCAGCAGUGGGGGCAUUUGCUGUCCCUGCUGACUUGGGGUCCUGUCAUGGACCAAAAUCUCUGAGCCCACCCCUGUCCCCUUCUCUGCUGGGCAGGGGCUGGUGUAACUGGAAGCGUGUGCAGGGACGGCAGCGGUGGGAUGCGCUUCUCCCCGCUCACAGAAGCCAAACAUCAGGGCAGGGGUGAGGCCUUCGUGCUGCCUCUGGUGCUCCCACUGCCCUACAGCCACUCACAGUCCUGGCUCAGCCCAACCUCGGUGAUGGGGCAACGGGAGGGGAAUGUCCCCUCACCUGCUCAGGGCUUUGGCUGCGCCACGGGGCCAGGAUGCUGCCAGGGGGAAGCUGCUGCCUUUGCUGCUCUCAAGGGAAAAGAAGGAAUGGAAGGGCCAAAGUGGCUGUGUUGAGACGUUCCUUGGCUCUGUGUGGGGAAGGAUCUGUCCUUUGGGACGAUCUCCCAGCGUAGGAAAGAAUCCUAUGGCCUCACACUUGCCGUCCCCUUUCUGGAAGCUGCAGGGUGGAGGGGGCUGGGGUCAGGGUGACUGAUGCCAGGAGGCUGCUGGAGCAGAUGUGGUGGAGAAGGAGGCUCCUGGCAGGGCUGAGACCCCUCCAAGAAGGCGAGAGCAGCAUUUGGCUUCUGCCUCAUUCGCUGGCAGAGUGAUGGGGAUGCCUGGACCCGUCACCCCCUCGGGGUGCCCGCGGGAGCAGCCAAGGAGGGGCUUUAGGGGAUGGAAAUCCCAGUUGGUGCUAAAACCAGCAAGCACAAGAGUGGGGAGUGGGAGCCCACAUGCCUCUGCUGACCCUCUGCAUAACCACAUUCUUGUCUGGGACUUGCAGGGAGGGGGGGUAUGGGUGGAGGGGGCAUCAAUGUGAAUAAACAGUUUUGUAAUGGACCAAAUAACACAGGCAAUUGCAUUUUGGUAUACAGACCUUUGUUUUUUUAAUGCUACCUUGAAAGCAUUUCCCCUCCCACCCCCGUCCUCCCUUCCCAUGCCCUGCCCUUCUCCCCUGCCAUGGGAAACAGACCUCUCACUGCUUGAUUUCUGCCUUUUCUCUCUCUCUCUCUCUCUCUCGACUUAAGCACUUUUUUGCCUUUUUUAUGUUUUCCACAGCUGAAAAAAAAAAUAAAAAGCACCUGAACCUGUAUUUAAAAUAAAUAAAUAAAUGAAAUUAGAAGAAAAAAAGACAAAAAAGACCAAAAAAAAAAAGAAAAGAAAAGCUAAAUUGCUUGUCAUCACAUGUAAAAUAGACCCAGUCCCUCCCAGCUUCCCCCAGUUGCGUCCCAGUGCUGAGCUUAGAACGUGUUUUCUUCCGGAUCCCUCGCUUGAUUGGGGUUUGUCUUUGUGUUCUCCUUUCCCCCCUCCCCUUGGGUUGAGCACCCCCUGAUGAAAAAAAAAGAUAAAGACCCACCACCACCUCAUUAUUUGGCCUUUUUCACUGAACCAUCAACUGGAAUGAACCAGCUGGUUCUGUGCCCGGUUUACUCAAAAAUAAAAGUCUUAAUUUUU